AUGUCGCUGCAAGCAUCAUGCCUCAACCUGAUGGAUCGUCUCGCAGGAGUGCCCGACUUCGGCCAUUUCCUCAACCCCGCCCUGCUGCUCCAACUCCAAACCAACUCGAACGCGAUCUGGGAGACAACACCCAACGACCCGGUCUCGCAGCUCUGGAUUCUCUUCCGUCUCGGCACACCUCUGGCUUGCAUCCUCAACAGCGUCCGGCCGCCCAAUCAGCAGCUCAACGUGGAUAACGGCGAUCUGUCCUUUGCCAACAUCAACGCCUGUAAAGAGCGAGUCUUUCAUUUCAUUGUCGCCUGUCUCCAAGAUCUGAAUUUCACGCACGAGAACCUCUUUACGAUUUCAGAGCUGUACCAUGAUAACCCUGAAGGAUUCCUCAAGGUACUGAACACGGUGGGCAAGGUGCUGGACCGUUUGGAGGCGAACCCUAGCCCGGGUGCAACGGCUGUCUAG